UUUUCAUUCAAUAUUGGUGAGCGACUGAAGUUAAAAGGACAGAUCGUUGAAUCAAACGGGAAAGGAAAACAUUUCUCAUUUCUCUCAUUCUGACAAAAGCCUCCCGCAAUCUAGGGCUUCUCAAUCCCCAAAUUUCUAUCAUUGUUCGAUCUGAACAGUUUCUUAUCUUCCUUUUCAUCUCCUCACCAACUUCUUUUGAUCGACGGAUUCGUAUGACAGUAUCGAUAAUGACGAUUUCUGAUUCGUGUGAUAUGAUGGAGAACGGAGCAGUUGGCUUGCCGUGCACACCGGAGGAAGAAAAACGGAUCAUAACGGAGUUAACCAACAAAGCAGAGUCUAACAUGAAAGAAGGGAAUUUAUACUAUAUUAUUUCCAACAGGUGGUUCACAGGCUGGCAGAGAUACACCGGGCAUGGCAUUGGUUCUUAUUCAUGUGAUAAUCAUUCUGAUGAUUCUCAGCCUAUGUUUCAAUUAGAAGCAGCAGAUAGACCUGGUCCAAUUGAUAAUACUGAUAUAGUAUUAAAAGGAAGUGACUCUGAGGAUGAGGAUCCACAGCUUCUUAGAACACUGGAGGAAGGACGUGACUAUGUUUUAGUUCCUCAAGAAGUUUGGGAGAAGCUUUUUUACUGGUACACUGGAGGACCGACAUUAGUGAGGAAGUUGAUAUCUCAGGGUAUUCAGAAGACAUUCAUUGUGGAAGUAUAUUCUUUAUGCCUUAAGCUAAUUGAUUCCAGAGAUAACAGUCAAUCACUUAUAAGGUUGAGCAGAAAGGCUUCUUUACAUGAUCUUUAUGAGAGGGUGUGUGCACUUAAAAGGGUAGAGUCAGAAAAGGCAUGUAUCUGGGACUAUUUUAAUGGACGGAAGCAUGUAACAUUAUCGAAUUCAAACCAAACCCUGGAGGAAGUUAACUUGCAAAUGGACCAAGAUAUUCUCCUGGAGGUUCAAAGUGAUGGAUUUUGGUCAUCUGGAUAUGGCAAGGACUCAACUGACAAUGAGUUAGCAUUGGUUCCAAUAGAACCAUUAAGAUCAUCUGUGACAAUUGCCGGGGGCCCAACUUUGUCCAAUGGUUGUUCAACUGGUUACGGUUCUAGUUUUUUUCGCAGAAGUACUUUGAGUUCCCCAUCUAAGGAUAUGGAGGAUGAAUGUGACAUAUCAAGGCCUGUAACAAGAGGAGGUAGAAGAGGUUUGGCGGGAUUGCAGAAUUUGGGAAAUACUUGUUUUAUGAAUAGUUCUAUUCAGUGUUUAGUCCAUACACCACCUCUCGUUGAUUACUUCUUGCAGGAUUACACUGAUAAGAUCAACAGGCAAAAUCCUUUAGGAAUGCAUGGUGAGAUUGCACUUGCAUUUGGUGAGUUAUUGAGGAAACUCUGGUCCUCUGGGCAAACAUCAAUUGCACCACGUGAAUUUAAGGGAAAACUUGCUCGAUUCGCUCCCCAGUUUAUUGGGUAUAAUCAACAUGAUUCUCAAGAACUCCUUGCCUUCUUGCUGGACGGAUUGCAUGAAGAUUUGAAUCGUGUUAAACAAAAGCCUUACUUUGAAACAAAGGACUUCGAUGGUCGCGCUGAUGAGGAAGUUGCAGAUGAGUGUUGGAGAUAUCACAAGGCCCGGAAUGACUCCGUAAUUGUGGAUGUUUUCCAAGGUCAAUAUAAGUCAACAUUGGUUUGCCCAGUUUGUAGCAAAAUUUCAAUAACAUUUGAUCCCUUCAUGUACUUAUCCUUGCCACUGCCUUCAACGGUUACUCGGAGAAUGACAAUAACUGUGUUUUAUGGUGAUGGGGGUGGUCUUCCGAUGCCAUAUACUGUUACUGUCCUAAAACAUGGUUGCUGUAAAGAUCUUAAUCAGGCUUUGGUUACUGCAUGCUGCUUAAAGAGUGAUGAAUGCCUAUUGCUUGCAGAGGUCUAUGAACAUCGGAUAUAUCGGUACUUGGAGAUUCCUUUGGAACCGUUGUCCUCUAUAAAAGAUGAUGAAUAUGUUGUGGCCUACAGGCUUCCCAAAAAGCAGGCAGAAUUGACAAGACUUGAGAUAAGUCAUCGAUAUCUAGACAACUGUAUGUCAGAUAAUUUGAAGGGCUUUGAGAGGAAGCUCUUUUUGACCCCACUGGUUACGUGUUUAGAAGACUCGCAUACUGGAGCUGGUAUCAAUAUUGCUGUUAGUAAAAUGAUGUCUUUGUUUAGAAGGAAAACAUUCUCUAGUUUGACUGAGGCUCAUAGUAGCAAGGAAAAUGGUUGUGCAUCAGAAGCUAUUGAUGAAUUAAUGAACAGCAGCAAUGACAAUUCUGGACCUGAGAACCACUUGACAGACAAAACAAAAUUGGAAGAAACAUCCUGCACAGAGUUUUGCUUUCAGCUCUGCAUAACAGAUGACAGGGGUUUGAACUGCCGGCCAAUUGUAGAGGAUUCACUCAUAAAACCUGGUAAGCUGGUCAAGGUUCUACUGAAUUGGACUGAUAAAGAACAUGAAUUAUAUGAUGCUAGCUACCUCAAGGAUCUCCCUGAGGUUAAUAAGACGGGGCUUACCAUGAAGAAAACCCGGCAGGAAGGGGUCUCACUAUUUUCAUGCUUGGAUGCAUUCUUAAAGGAGGAACCACUCGGGCCUGAUGACAUGUGGUAUUGUCCUCGUUGCAAGGAACACAGACAAGCAACCAAGAAGUUGGACUUGUGGAGGUUGCCAGAUAUACUUGUCUUUCACUUGAAACGGUUCUCAUAUAGCCGAUACCUGAAGAACAAACUCGACUCCUUUGUAAAUUUUCCCAUUCAUGAUCUUGAUUUAAGCAGCUAUGUGAAGUGUAAGGAUGCUUCUACAAAUUCUCAUGCGUACGAGCUAUAUGCCGUUAGCAACCAUUAUGGUGGCCUAGGUGGUGGGCACUAUUCUGCUUAUGCUAAGUUAAUUGAUGAGAACAAAUGGUAUCAUUUUGAUGACUCCCACGUUUCACCAGUUAGUGAAGCUGAGAUCAGGACAUCUGCUGCCUAUGUGUUGUUCUACCAAAGAGUUGAAACCUGAACCGAGUAUGGAGUGGGAGAGUCAUCCCAGGGGGCAUGUUAAUUUUUUUGAAGGCCAUAGCCCUAUGCAUGCAUCUAAAUUUUGCAUUUUUUAUGGCUUUACUGCCAUCUCUUCCGAGGAAAAUCUGAUUUGGUUGAAAUAUUUUCAGCCAAAUGACAUAUGUUUUAGCAUUAUAGAACAAAUGUGCUGACCUUUGGGUUGAAAACAAGAAUAUUGUAUAGGCAUUUUGGACAUCAAUCAAUUCUGUAGGGUUGUGAUUUAUAACAUGGCUCCGGAUGAUAAAAUGUAUAACAUCUCAGUAGACAUGGCAACAAGAUGGACAUUAGUUGUUGAAAAUUUCAAUCUUCUGAAGGAAGAAUUCUGGAUACUUUUGAA